AUGUUAGCGACCCUAAUGCAGCAACGAAAGAAAAGUAUUAAUAUUAAAAGAGAGAAAAACACCCAAUUACUAGCUAUUAAUAAUGAUAGGAAAAUUUCAGCCCCAGCUGUAAUAUUAACAACAACAAAAAAUAAAAUUUCCUCCAGCAGACUAGCCGAGGUCAACUCAGCUUUCGUCGCUUUGACAGCCGCGGCUGCCACUUCAGAAUCUGAUAUAGUAGUAGAUGAGACCACAACAACAACAAUGCCAGCCAUUACACGAAAUCGUUGUUUUAGUGACACAAAAACUGCACACGUCAAAAGAGGAAAAGGCGUUUUUCUUCACUGGCAGCAAUGGAGUAAAAGACAAAAUCAGCAACAGGUUAAUGACCAAUAUCAGCAAAAACACUGUACAUUGGAAGAAGAAGAAACCAAUCAAAUCGAUGAUGCUUGUGUUAACAGCAAUCAGAGUAAAAAUAUUAAAAGAAGUACUAGCAGUUUUGCUGCUUUGCGCGAAGAAGAAAAGGAUGAAAAUAAUGAUGAAGAUUUUGUUGUUAAUAAAGUGAGUCAUUAA